AUGAAGGUAGGGUUCCCUCUACGUCGGAACAGACAAGUACUCCACGUCAUCAACCACCUAGCCUACUUGGAUGAUAUUAAGAUCUAUGCAUCCCAAAGAGACCAGUUGCAUCAACUUUUCAAGGUGAUUGAAGAGGUCAGUGAUGAUAUUGGCAUGAUGCUUGGAGUACCUAAAUGCGCGACGCUCCAUAUAGAAAACGGCGUUAUAGUGCGGGAGGAUGGUUUUGUGACCAAUUCUGGUGACGUCAUCAACAACUUGACAAUGGAGGAUGCUUAUAAAUACCUUGGAAUGUGGCAGAACUCUUCCAUCCAGAAGGUGAGAGUCAAAGAGCACCUGGUUAACACCUUCGUUGAUCGGCUGAGUGCGAUACUUAAGACCUCUCUAAACUCAAAACAUACGACCAAGGCAAUCAACACCUUCGCCAUUCCUGCGUUAGCUUACUCAUUUGGCUUUGUCCCAUGGUCUGACACGGAGCUUGAGGGGCUUAAUAGGAAAGUCAGAACCUCGAUGACCAAGUGGAAUAAGCAUCACCCAAGAGCCGCGAAGGAGAGAAUACACAUCCCCCGCAAACAGGGGGGAAGAGGUAUCCUUGAUGUGAAGGAGGUCUGCCACAGCCAAGUCCGUAACCUGCGAAAUUACUUCCUCAGUAGAAACGACAGCACUUUGCACGCUGCAGUAAAUGCCAUAAAUAAAUCCUACACGCCUUUGCGCCUCGCUUGUCACGAUCUGAAUGAAGAACAACCCUCAGACCCAGUUGCUGGCCAGUUGGAGGCAUGGGCCUCCAAGCCGCUGCAUGGACGCUUUUAUCAUUCAGUUGCGCAGGAUCAUGUUAGUGAAGGAAAGUCUUUCUUGUGGUUAUCGAAAGGGCAGCUGUAUCCAGAAACGGAAGGAUUUGUUUUCGCAAUACAAGACCAAGUGAUCAGCACCAGGAAUUACAAGAGAUAUAUACUGAAGGAGAAGAUCGAGAGCGAUAAGUGUAGGAAGUGUAAUGCUGCAUCCGAGACAAUAGAUCACAUUACAUCUGGUUGCGCAUUGCUUGCAGGGAAGGAAUAUACCGAGCGGCAUAACAACAUGGCUAAAAUUAUACAUCUAGCGCUGGCCAACGAUCGAGAACUAUGUGAUACUGCUGAACCCUACUACAAAUAUUGCCCAGCCACGGUCCUGGAGAAUCAGCGCUUCCGGCUCUAUUGGGAUAACCCGAUCCUAACCGAUAAAACCAUCAUGGCAAACAGACCGGACAUAGUGCUU